AUGGAUGAACGAGGAGUCCCAGACACAGAUAGGAUCAAAGAAUUUGGAUGUGCUUCAAGAGUUCUACGAGCCCAGGUGGUACCUGAAAAAAAAUGGGACCUACGAAAGGCUCAACGAGCUACGUUCGACUACGCGGUACAGCGAGUGUUGAAGAUGCUCGGGGAAAAAGGAGUGCUUGUCGUCGGCCUAGGGUCCUUUGAAAGUAGUAAAGGAGUUCCCAGCAAGCACACUGCUAUAACGAGACACCUUGUCACACAGGUCAGAGCACGAGGACACUUCGCUGUAGGGGCGUCCGAAUUUUACACCAGCGCCCGCUGUCCCCAACCCCUCUGCGAUAGCUUUUUAGAGACUGUGUACCCUCGCUCUAAAUAUUGCCGGACAUGUAAGGUAUUCUUCGACCGUGACGCAGUAGGGGCGGAAAACAUCGCAAGAAUCGGUCUUGCUCAAAUUGAAAGGCAAGAGAGGCCUGCAAAGUACAAGCCCACGGAAGAGUCGCCUGCUCCGGCUGCAAAGCGCGCACGACGCUAG